GGUAAAGCGCUAUAUUUACAUUGAUUGGUCUUCUCUUGACAUUGUUGCUAAGUGGUCACCUAGCGGUAGCUUUAUGAGUGACAUAUCAUGCACCAGCUGACGAACCUGUCCGUCUCAUAUCAGACGCAGUACUUAAAGCCAGAAUAUAAACAAGUGUGUGUAUGACUAAAAUUAACAGAUGGUGAAUUUCUACCCACGCCUAACUUAAUAAAGAAGAAAAUCGUAAGAUGUCGCCAGUAGCAGACGAAGUUUGGACUGCUCGUCCAAAAUCAAGGGAGGCACAAAUCCAGGAAACGUAUUACAAACGUAAUGCUACAACCAGCAAUGUGUCACCGCUUUUAUUUUGUCGCGUGACCCCACGCAGACGACCAGCCAUCGAAUACGGACAAGCUGCAGACGAUUCUUCCUCCAUUGCAUAUCAACGUAAAGAAGAGACAUAUGCUCGCCGUAAUGCAAGUUCUAAGGGUGCCAUAAUACCAAGCAAGUAUGAUGCGCAAGCAAGGACUCAGUACCUAGAGGAUGACGACGAGACACCUAGCCAGGUAUCCAGCAGACGAUACGCCUGGGCCCCUCGCACUAAAACCCACGGUGACCUCAAAACUGAGAGUUUCAACAAGAGAAAUAUCAGCACAAAUAAUAUUUCACCCGAUUUGGCCACCCGGGACACUGCGAGGCAGCAAACAAGUGCAACGAAGGAUGAUGAAUUAGUUGACGAAAUUUGGGGAACACGGCCUCACAGCAGAGAUGAAACGCGAAAAGAAAGUUUUGACAAGCGCAAUAAAACAACGAGCGCUCUUGACACGCAUUCCAAGGGUAGUAGCGUUCUAGACGGAGUGAAUUACUCCUAUCCUGCAGACUAUGAAAUUCACCCACGCAUUGUUAAACCCGAAGCACAAGAAAUUGCUGAUCUUAGUAAGGGUGGACGCAUGAGUAUGCUUUUGGGCAAAGGCUCUAAGCAUUUGUCUCAACCGACAGAUUACCCUAUACAGCCCAGGGUUGUUAAGCCCGAAGCCCAGGAAAUUGCCGAUCUUAGUAAAGGCAAAAGAAUGGAAAAACUGCUAGGAAAGGGCACAAAGCGCUCGUCUCGCUCCCAACCAACGGAUUAUCCACUUCAUGCUAGAGCCGUUAAACCGGAAGCAGAGGAAAUCGCUAACUUAGGGAAGGGGGGUCGAAUGCAAGGAUACAUUGGGAAAAACUCCCAGCACUUGUCCCUCCCACAGAAACACCCCAUCCAUCCUAGAGUUGUGAAGUCAGAGGCAGCAGAUAUUGCUAAUCUGAGCAAAGGUGGGCGAAUGAACGUUGUUUUGGGGAACGAUCCCCAGCAGAAGGUGCCGUAUCCCAACGACUAUCCAAUCCAUCCAAGAAAAGUCACCGAAGAGGCCAGUGGUAUUGCCAGAAUAAGUAAAGGUGGACGAAUGGAAAGACUUAUCCAUGAGUAUGGCCAUCUUACCCCAUCCGCACGCCCUGUGCCGAGGAUAAAACCCGAAGCAGAGCAAAUAUACGAGCCUCAUCGCGGAAAACGCGUGGCGCGGAUUAUCAAACAGCAAAGAACAAGUCAGUCAGCAAGAUCGUACAGUUCGCUUGGUUAUUACGGGUCGCGUGAUGACACAGGUGACGUUUUUGGGGGUCAACGACCUCACACUAGGGACGAGACACGUUCUGAAAGUUUUCAUCGCCGUAAUGCCACCACAUGGUGGUAAAAUAACUACAUAUGAGAAUCUUUAGCUUUUGACUCAGAUGACCUUGUCCACAUGAAUUUCCUUUGGGAUUGUUAAAGAUGUCCAUGAUACAAGCUCAUAUUUAAGAAGUGAAGGAAAAUAACCAAAAAAUUAGAUUAUGAAGUGGAUUUUUAGAUCCAAAUUAAUAUUAUUUCACUUUAAGAUGUGAUAUGCUAGUAUUUAAGGAAAAAUGAAAUUUUGCAUGCCAAUAUUGUUAUCAUCACUUAAACUAUACCACGUUCAUCCUUUUAAAACUAGUUACAAUUUUAGAUUAUUGUGCUAAACUGCGUUUGAAUGACUAUUUGCACUGCUGUGAUAAAAGUUAUUAUAGACUUUUCAUGAAGAUUUUGUAGUUGAAAUUACAUGAAAUGAAUCAAAUAUUUAUAUUUUAUUAUAAAAUAAAAUGCUUAAAAACUAUGCCGAUUGCGUACGUUCUUUUUCGUUUGCGGGACGGAUAUACAGUGUAAUAGAUUCGAACAAUAUCCUAUGGCACCAUAAGUCUUACAUUUAGCAGUUUGAAAAAGCAUCUGUUAAAUUCAAUU